AUGUCUGGUGAGGGCUCUAUUUCGAAUGAAAACAAAAAGGUGGCAUUAAUUACUGGUAUUACUGGUCAGGAUGGCUCUUAUCUUGCGGAGUUCUUAAUCGAAAAAGGCUAUGAAGUACAUGGCAUUCUCCGCCGAUCUUCUUCUUUUAAUACAGGUAGAAUCCAGCAUUUAUAUGAGCAGCCAGCAUGUCACACCGGAGGACAAAUGCAUUUACACUAUGGAGACUUGACUGAUACUACAUGCCUCAUAAAUAUUAUUACUAAGGUUAGACCAAAAGAAAUUUACAAUUUAGCCGCCCAGUCCCACGUGAAGGUGUCGUUCGAGCUGAGUGAGUACACGGCGCAGGUGGACGCGCUGGGCACGCUGCGCCUGCUGGAGGCGGUUCGCGCCGCCGGGCUGGAGCGCGACACGCGCGUCUAUCAAGCAUCCACCUCCGAGCUGUUCGGCAACGUGCAGGAGGUGCCGCAGAAUGAGAAGACGCCUUUCUAUCCCAGGUCGCCGUACGCGUGUGCGAAGCUGUACGGGUACUGGAUAGUGGUGAACUACAGGGAGGCUUACGGCAUGUUCGCGUGCAACGGGCUGCUCUUCAACCACGAGAGCCCUCGCCGCGGCGAGAACUUCGUGACGCGCAAGAUCACGCGCGGCGUCGCCAAGAUACAGCUGGGCCUGCUGUCGCACCUCGAGCUCGGCAACCUCGACAGCAAGCGCGACUGGGGACACGCCAAGGACUACGUCGAGGCGAUGUGGUUGAUGCUGCAGCAGGAGAAGCCGGAGGACUUCGUGGUGGCGACGGGCGAGACGCACAGCGUGCGCGAGUUCGUGGAGCGCGCGUUCCUGCACGUGGGGCGGCGCGUGGAGUGGCGCGGCGCCGGCGCCGACGAGGCGGGCCACUGCGCGCGCUCGGGCCGCCUGCUGGUGCGCGUGCACGCGCGCCACCACCGCCCCACCGACGUGCCGCUGCUGCUGGGCGACGCGCGCAAGGCGCGCCGGCAGCUGGGCUGGGCGCCGCGCGUGUCCUUCGACCAGCUCGUCAAGGAGAUGGUGGACGCCGACAUGGAGCUCAUGCGCAAGAACCCCGAAGCGACGGUUUACGUUAGAAUUGUUUACACGGAUCCGCAACUCCCGUCUCCGCUCGACACCGCUCCGUCCGCUAGUAAGUUCGACGCUAUUUGUACACGCCGUCUAUUG